GAACGUCUUUUCCUUCUAAUCUUCAUCGAUUCACAGUGCUGAGAAGUUCGUUUGCAAGUCUUCCAGAAUGACCAAGCUUUUCAAAGAUUGAGAUCAGUUUCACCGUUGUUUCACAUUCCAGUGACAUGUCGAGGCCAGUGUUCUCAGCAACGAUCAGUGGCAACGAUCCGUCACUCCAGUAUAUCCAAUGGGUCCAGACCACUGGUCCAGACAGACCAGACUUAUAAUAAUAUGGGUCCAGACCAGUCAGAUGAAUAAACCAUCAUGAAUAAACAAUAGUUUAUUCAUCUCAAUUGUCCAGACUUAUGGGUCCAGAUCACCUAUAUAGCCGCGUUUACACUACGUGCUUUGACCUGGCCUGGACCAGACCUAGGCUAAAGGUGUGAACGUUUGUUUAUCCCGCCUAGACCAGGCCUGGACCUCUAGGCUCUAGGCCACAAAACCUCACCUGGAGCACGAUUUUUCUAAUGUGAACGGGCUUUACCUAGUCUAGUCCUGACAAAUUUUAAACUUAAUAGUAUGAUUUGUAUAGGAUCCAUACUAGUAUUAACACUUUUCGACGUGUUUUGGGUCUUGCUUCAAGUAUUUUGUCAUUUAUUUUGGCUCUCCAAUAUCAUCAACAAGAAAGCAGUGUCAGUGUGAACGUGGCACAUAUUACCUAGAUUUUUCCCACUCCAGGCGAGAUCAGGGCCCCUAGUCUGUGCUCUAGUGUAAACGCGGCUUAUGAGACCACCGAUUCUGGAAUUAUCACCGAAUUCCUGUUCGAAUGUACGAUUGUAUCAAUUAUGAUUGUAUAAUUAUGUAAAUUAUUCCAACCAUGUUCAAAUAUAGAGGAGACGCCCUUUGAGGUAUUAAAUUUCAAGCAUGAUAUUGUAACCAAACGGUGGCAUGGCCGAUUAUAAGGCGGUUCCGUUAAAUGAGACUGAAAAUAUCAGAGAAAUGGAGGAAAGACAGGCAGCUUUAAACACGGAUAAGCCUUUUGAAAUCCCAAAACUUAGCAAAGAAGACUGGGUGAAGGUUAAUGUUAAAGUUGAAAAGGAAGGCCUAUCCUAUAGUGAGGCUGUAGAUAAAGUCAAAGCUGAAAAACUCAUUGAAAAUGAAGAAGAUGGUAAUCGUGGUACUGACCCUCUGAUAGUUAUGUUAAAAGAGUGGCCUAAAUUAGAGGAAAAUAAAGACUCAAAACGUUUAGCCAGUUUGGAAUACCUGAUUGGCCGACUGACCAAAAUCAUUUUGGAGAAAGAUAAAGGAAUUACUGAAGUAAAAGAGGGAAAAGAAAAAAAGAAAAAAAAGUACAAUGAAUUUUUUCGUGAUGAUAAAGAUUCAUCAAAACCUACAUUACUUCAUAUGGCUGCUAAACUGAACUACGCUCAAGUCUCAAAGAUGCUGGUAGAGCAUUCCCCAAAGCUUAUGUAUGCGAUAACAGCGGAUAGUGUAUUACCAUUGCAGGUUGCCUUAAGAAACUUUAGAGAUGAUACUGCUUCAUAUCUCAUAUCAAGGAUGCAGUAUGAUCGUGUCCAACAGCUGUUUCUGCACAGUAAGGGUAAAAAACCAAAGGACCCUAGUUUUGGAGAGAUCAUCGGUCAUCGUGAUCCUAAAAUGAAGAAAACAGUUACAGCAGUAUUAAACAAAUUGAUCGAUCCUGUUUGGCCAUACCUUCCGAACCGUGAAGAUCGAGAAGAAAGUGGAAACAGGAAUGACAUUACAAAAGCAUUAGAAAGUGUUCCAAAUGAUCCCUUGGACUAUGAUUUCUAUUAUCACAUUCUUGAAACUGAUGAUAAUGGAAAUGUGCCUGAUGAUGAUUCAAAUUUCAACAAAGAAUCUGUAUCGUGCCUUCGACAUAUUGCUGAUUGCAGUACAGAUGAUAAGGAAGCUGUUCAGCAUCCAGUUGUUCGGAUGUUAGCGGUAAAAAAAUGGAAAAAAUUUGGCUUCUGGUGGUUUUGUUUUGAGGCUGCGUUGUAUGCAUUAUUCUUCACGGUAUUGUCAUUUGCUCUCAUCUACGGCUCUACCCGUGACCAUCCAACGAGAUACGAAGGCCCUGCUGAUAUAUUUCGAGCGCUCUGUGAAAUCUGUAGCAUCAUUUUCUUAAUGGUCCAGUUCGUUCAGAUGAUAUUUGAAAUAGCAAGAGAGAAAAGCCGUUAUUUUGAUUUUUUCAAUUGCAUCAAUAUAUUGAGCAUGAUCAUUUUUAUCCUCUUUGUUAUUCCACUUCGUUUUGUUGAAUCGAAUUCUCAAUGGCUCACAGCUGCGAUUGGUUAUCUUCUGUGCUUCAUACACCUCUUUAAAUAUUCCAAUGUUUCAAGAAUCACUGGUCUUUACACUACAACGAUUGUGAAAAUGAUCAUGGAAGAUGUCAAACGUUUUAUGCUGUUCUUUGCUGUGAUAUUUAUUGGAUUUUGUGGAACAAUGUUUUUGGCUCUGAAAGUCGACGGUACCCAGGAUUCGUACAGCUUUUCCUCGAUAAUGUUGGGUGGCUUCAAAGCUCUUGUUGGACAAGGAACACUGGAAGAGGACGAUGGGAAAAAGUUCGGCUGGUUAGCGAGUGUUGUUCUCCUGGUCUACAUGGGAGUAUUGACGGUGAUGUUGCUCAAUAUUCUCAUUGCACAAUUCGGCUUCACGUACGCCGAAGCAAGAAAGACGGCGAGAAUUCAGUACGCAGCCGAUAUCAUGCGUAUUGUCACUCGUUUGGAGUACAGUAGAUUUGAGAGAUGGAAUUACCGAGAGAAUACAUACGAACCGGGUGCCAAAAUGACGGACGAAGAAUUAGCGGAAGAAAUGUUGGAGAGCACAGAAGGGCGACAUCCUUGGGAGACAGACGAGGAGAAAAUUGGCAGCGUGAGAGAGGCGAUGAAAAGAGUUCUCAAGACAGACAGAGGAAAGGAAAAAGAUCCUUUGGAAACUGUUAAAGAAGAACUUAUGCAAAGUAUUAAUGAAAAAUUUACUAGUCUCACAGCUAUGAUGGAGCAAAUGAAGAAAGAAUCGGAGCAAAUGAAGAAAGAAUCGCAGCCAAGCGAGUGACUCAACGGAAAAGAGCGCUAUAAGAGAUGUGCUUGAUCUUUUUGGGGCAUAUUAGCAGAAAACAAGUUCAAUAUUCAAUAUAUGUACUGUUAUACUUAUCCAAAGUACCUCCUUAACGUGAGAGGUUAUCUUUGCGUUAGCCUAAACAUACAUGUAAUAUUAAAAAUACGCACCUUUUCU